CCCAAAGGAGCCACUGCUGUCUUUGUCCAGUUCUGCUACUGGGCACUCUCAUCGGGCCCCUGACUACCUAUCAACGCCAUGCCUGAGGAGACCCAAGAAGACACUGUGUUGCCAAUGCAGAACCAGAGGAGCAGGGGAACACUGGCUCCUAACCAUGUGCAGGAGGUACGUCUGCACCGAGUGGAGUCCAUCAGCGACCUACACAGUGGAGGUUCACUCCAGCCCUAUCUGGCUGAAGAGGCACAGACGUGGGAAGAGCUUCUGGGUGUCCUGCCGUCAUCAAUGUGUACCCAAGCUGAUUGCAGCCCCAUGUGUGGCCGAGGGGGGUUGCUACUGCUAUUGGCACUGCUAGUAUUCACCUGCCUGGCAUUAGCCAUCCUGGCUGUCUACCUAAGUGUGCUGCAGAGCGAAUCCCUGAGGGUCUUGGCACACACACUGCGCACACAAGAGGAGACGCUGCUCAAAUUGCGCCUGGCUAGCCUCAGUCAGCUAAGGAGGCUCAACUCCAGCGAAGCUCGGGCACCCAGCUGAGAUGCCAUUUGUAUGAGGGGGAGAUAAAGGGACCUUUGGCAGGUCUGUUCUCCCACUGAUGGCUAGCGACAUCUACACUAUUUCCUUGGUGAGAUUUCUGUACAAGAGCCUGACGUGACUCAAUAGUUUCCUGCCUGUCUUGACCUCUUCAGGUUAGGCCUGAUCAAGCCUUCUGGUGCCAAGGCUCUCCUUUGGAUAGCCAAAGGUCAGAGGAUGGGGCACCAGCCACCUCCUGGCUCCUCCUAUGGCCUGUCAGCACCCUGUGGCCACCCCCAGAUAGGAGAUUCAGAAGUCUAGAAAUAGCUGUCCCCGCUUGGCCACCCACUCUGCCAGGCCUCCUAGUGGGGGGUCCAGUCUCAGUUCUCGGACAAGCUAGGCUGAGUUGGGGGUGGGGGACCAUGCAGGCAGACUGCCUUGGAGGGCAAAGAUGAAAUAGAGAUCUA